GUGAAGUUGAAGAGGACGCUGCGUGAAUUACUGUCACAGAACAGUGUUGAGCCAGACUACAAGACAACUUCUGGAAAUGGCUCAAGAGGACCAGAGCGAGACGUCACAACAAAAAGCAGCCAGUGACGAAGAGAAGGGGACAGAAAACCAGGGUUCUCCCGCUGUUAUCGAGAUUCAUGACUCAAUGACUGAAUGUGAGGAAGAAGCGAGGCCUAAUCUGGUGCAGAUGGAGGAGAAGGCAUUUGUGUCAAGUCUGCACUCUUUCAUGAAGGACAGAGGAACACCCAUAGAGAGGAUCCCACAUCUGGGCUUCAAACAGAUUAAUCUUUGGAGGAUCUACAAAGCUGUUGAGAAGCUUGGAGGCUAUGAUUCAGUGACAGCUCGGCGUCUUUGGAAGAAAGUGUACGAUGAGCUGGGAGGAAGUCCAGGUAGCACCAGUGCUGCUACUUGUACUCGCAGACACUAUGAAAAGCUGGUGCUGCCCUUUGAAAGACAUGUAAAAGGAGAGGAGGACAGACCUCUGCCUCCAAGCAAACCGAGGAAGCCAUAUAAGAGAAGUUUGGAUGGUAAGGUCACCAAGGCUGAGAGGAAGAGGAAAAGGACUCAGUCAGAUAGAGAGAUGGAUUCAGAAAUGGAGAUACUCACCCAGAGAAGUCCAGAGGCUGCCCGCCAAAGUGAAGCAGUGAUGCAUGCUCACCCUGCUCUCUGGGCCGCCACCUCUGAGAGACACCACCAAGACUGUUCUCAGCCAAACAGACCCCCCGCCAGUCUUUGCACUUCUGUCUAUGCCCACCUUGUUCAGGUCCCCACUUCCAGCCCCUGGACUGCUCAUAUCCCAUCUGCUACUGGGGAGGUCAUCUCUCCUCUGGAGAAGAAAAAGCGCAUGGCUCAGGCAAGCCUUAACUUGCCCUUGAGUCCCCAGGGCGAGGAUAAAGAAAGGCCCUCUGUCAUUCACUGCUCCCAGUCUCCAGCCCGGGCUUCGUCCAGUCGGAACUGCAACUCCUCUGACAGCUCCCCACUUCCUUUAUCCCCUUCCUCUUCACGCGGCCCCUCCCCUGUCUCUGUUUCAUCAGAGGACAAUCCAGAAGAGAAUGAAGGUAAACCUGCAUCAGUCUCUGAGCUAUCCAAAAACUGUCCCAGCUCUGUGAAAAAUGCAUCUGGCUGUAGUGAGGAAAGCAAGUCUGUGAGCUGCAGUCAGAUAUCCAAAGACCCUGCAGGACAAAGUAAAGACGUUAGCACCCAAUCUGCAGACUCGAUCAAAGUCCAGACUAAAGACUCUACCUGGAAGCCAAUCCACAAAGGCAGUAGCAAAUAUUCCGUCCAUCCUUUUUACUCAUCUGUGAGAUCUGACUGGGCUCCAACAUCUACCUCUAGCUUCACCAAAGUUAUUCCAAAAUCUGGGCAGCUACCACGGCCCGCUCCUAUUCGGCUGGGUUAUAAAAUCCAGCCGGGCAGAUUGAUGCAGCAGGACGAUUCUCUGAUCUAUCCGAAGAAGCUCAAUAACAUGGCUCCGUGGCUUUAUCAGACAGAGAAGAGAGACAAAUCCAGGACAAUGCUACAAAAAGUUCCCCCCACUCAGCAGAGUCUGUCCCAUUCCACCACCAGCCUGCCGGCAUCAUGCGUACUGUCGAGCUACGACAAAUCAGGAAGAGACUCUCGGCACCAGCCUCUAUUACACCCUACAUAUCUCCCCAACAGAAUGAGACUACCUCAAUCUCCGCUAAUGUACCGACAUGUCCCAAUGAGUCCAGCUCACUCUGCUCUCAUCGGGUCUGCUGUUUACCCAUAUCCCUACUCCAUCCCUCUGUUAAAUCCCAACACUGGAUAUACCCUUCCUGCCAUGCAUCCCAUUUACCCCCACAAGCUGUGAUUCUUUGUAUUUCAACUUCAGACUCCAGUAAUAAUAAUAAUAAAGUACAUCUUUAUGCUGAGGAAGGCAGUCAUUGAGCACUUUUCUGUUGCUCACUGUCAUUUUGGUGAAGACUUACUUGUGUUUAAAACAUGAUAUAGGUAUGUUCUGUGGCUUUACACACAGCCAUCCUGCAGUGGAAAACUAGAUACUGUUAUUAGCUGUGGGACUGUGUUGACCUUCUGUGGCCAAAACCAAACUACUCUGAAAGGAAAUGAAGUCACUGCAGCGAUGGCUAGAGAUACAGUAUUUGUAGGUGCAUCGAAAUGGUGCAUUACUUUUGAACUCACAGCACAACCGUGCAAACUGUACUCAUUUAAUGUAUGUACUAUUUUUAUAGCUGUAUUUUGAUUAAAUACGAAACAAUAAGCCGCAGCGCUACACUGAUGAGAAAUGUUUGUGAUUAUGACAAAUUCACAUUAGAUAACUUAAAUACAAUAUAAAAUCAAAUUCUGUUAAAACCACAGUUCUUGCACAUUGGUGCUCACUUGCACAAUUUCAUAACUGUAGAUUUCAGGGGAGACACAGGGACCAAAUAAACCAAUAAAGACAUUUGCACUAAAUUGUUUGAUGCUUAAUGUGUUCUGAGGGAGGACCCCCAGCUUCCCCUGUUUCAUAUGUGAGCCCCACCCCCUCAAAAAAGAAAUCUAUGCUCUUGCACAAUUUAAAUACUUUGUGUUAAAAGCAAAGAACCAUCUCACUGUACUGUAUUGUGGAGUCUGCUGAACUCAAUGAUGUUGUAUAAAUACUGUAUGUACCAUGUAUCAGUGUUAAUUAUUUUAUGCAGAUCUUAUGUCAUUGAAAUGUAUUUAAGCCAGUAAAUGAUCAUGAAUAAAUAAGAAAAAUAACUAGAUAAAUAUCAGAAAUCUGAGCCUUUUUUAAAAAUGUUGCUG